AUGGCGGCCACGCCGGAAUUGAGGCCCUCGUCAGCACCGGUGGAGCUCAAGCUCAGAAUUCUGACUCUGCCUCCGGCGAAGAACAUUGAGACCGUGCGGCCGUCGUCAGCGGAGGUCGACGACAAUGGCGAAGAAGAAUGCCGCACGCCGACUGCCAAGGAGAGCAAGAUACCGGCCAUGUCGACCUGCCCACCGGCGCCGAAGAAGGCGAAGCGGCUGUCAGAUCCCCGCAAACGGAGGCUGUCGGACCUGGAGCUGAUCCGGGUCAGUCCAGAUCUCAUGGCGCGACUGUUUCGGCCGCUGGACGAUCCCAGAUUGGCGGCGCCGCUGAUCAUUAAGAAGCGGAAGCGCUGUUACCCGGGCUACGAAUGA